UCAGCUACGCUUGCACGCUUGAUGCACUGCAUGCGAUUGUUGCUCUAUGAUAUGAUUGCUGAUCUGAAACGUGCAAUGUUAUUGUUCUAGACAAGUAUAAGAACAGUCUUCUCGGAACAUCUUUCGGUCAACAGUUUACGCAUUUUCCCAUCCACUUGUUAUAUCGAUCGUACCUCUCAUACAACUACUGCACCACCAUGCAGUCGAGUUCGAACGACAAGGCCAACGCUCCGCAGGCACCCGCGAAGGCCAGUGCGCCUCUUAAUCAGCCGAUGAUGCCAAAGCAACCAUGGCCUCCUGUGCUGCUGGGACAGCCGGGCACAUGGGAUCCAAAUGACGCGCGCAUCCGAUGCAUAUGGUACUCCAAAAAGAAACGACCGCCUCCUGAUCCCAACGCAUGGCCGCAGAAUCCGAAUGCUCUUCCGAGGGCAAUAGGAGGACGUGACGUGCUUUGGGAUGGCAAGCCUUAUGUUCAUCAGCUACCUACAAGUGAUGACGCUGAAUCUAGUAGCAAGGAUGGAGGGAAGGCUAAGAGCUAAGUUGUGAUCCGAGUUCGUGGUGCUGGUUAUACGG